UCUGACCCGGCGUCCCCUCCCCGACUACAAAAUCCCCGCCCCCCUCUCCUCUCCCGUCCACCAAACAAAUCCAAUCCCCUCUCCGCGAUCUCACCGAGAAAAUCCUCGACCGAUCGAAAGACAAGCGCCCCUCACGCUCCUUCAAGAUGCAGAUCUUCGUGAAGACCCUCACCGGCAAGACCAUCACCCUUGAGGUCGAGUCGUCUGACACGAUCGACAAUGUGAAGGCCAAGAUCCAGGACAAGGAGGGAAUCCCCCCGGACCAGCAGCGCCUCAUCUUUGCCGGCAAGCAGCUCGAGGAUGGCCGCACCCUGGCNGACUAUAACAUCCAGAAGGAGUCCACCCUCCACCUGGUGCUCAGGCUUCGUGGAGGCAUGCAGAUUUUCGUCAAGACGCUCACCGGCAAGACCAUCACCCUGGAGGUGGAGUCCUCGGACACCAUUGACAAUGUGAAGGCGAAGAUCCAGGACAAGGAGGGCAUUCCCCCGGACCAGCAGCGUCUGAUCUUUGCCGGCAAGCAGCUUGAGGAUGGCCGCACCCUGGCAGACUACAACAUCCAGAAGGAGUCUACCCUUCACCUGGUGCUCCGCCUGCGUGGUGGCCAGUAAGUGCCUGCUCAUGGCGCUGCUUCUGUCUCGUCGGUGUACUCAAUGGUGUUUUCAGUUUCUGUUUUGGUCGUCUUUCUAUCUCUGUUAUGUUUGGUUGUGCUUACAUACUUAAUGAUGUGAGUGGCUUUGGAGGUUGGAUGAUUAAUAAGUGAACCCUUAAUAUCGUGUGUAAUUGUGUUGUUCCUGCCAUACUUGUGUUGCUAUUUGUCGGCAGAUUCUUGCAUUGAACUGGUCAUGAAGUAUUGAGGAAAUUCU